AUGGGUGUUGAGUUAAAGGCAAAAGUUGACACAGAUGAAAUUUUUGCUCUAGUUACAUUAUUCCCAUUGCCAGAGCAACAAGAAAUUAUCUUAGAGGAUAAUCAUGCAAUUCAGAGUCCCAGUGAAUUGUACUCUUUCAGUAAGAUUCUCACUUCAGCAGAAAUAAGUACACUCGAUGGACUUUAUAUUCCAAAGGAGCAUGCUGAGAGAUGUUUCCCCCCACUGGACAUGACCCAUGAACCACCCAUGCAUGAUCUAGUGGCAAAGGACUUGCAUGGAAAUGAGUGGAAUUUUCGACAUAUUUAUCGCAAUUAUGAGAAAGAACACAUGCUUACUAAUGGUUGGAGCACAUUCGUAAACUCAAAAAAUCUUGCUCCCGGAGAUUCAUGCAUUUUUGUCAAGGGUGAGAAUGGUGAAUUUGGUAUUGGAAUUCGUCGAGAUAUGAAACAACAUGGCUGCACAACAUUGUCUCGACAGUCUAGUCAAAACAUGCAACUUACACCAUUGGUCGCUGCUCAUCAUGCUGUUUCCAUGGGAACUUUGUUCCAUGUCCAGUACUACCCUUGGAUUAUUCCUUUUGAAUUUAUGAUUCCUCUGAAAACUUAUCUUGAGUCCAUGGAAAAAGAUCACUCAAUUGGAACAAGGGUGCACAUGUUGUCUCAAGUUGAAGGAUGUGCAAAAAGAUAUGGUACAAUAGUGGGUAAUGAAGAUAUUGAUCCCAUUAACUGGCCUGCUUCUGAUUGGAGAUCUCUUAAGGUUCAAUGGGAUUCUAUUCCAAAUACUUUUACACAUCUUGAAAGGGUUUGUCCUUGGUGGGUUGAGCCCUUGGAAUCUUCCAAGAUUAAGGGAAUCCCUAUUCUUCCUUUACCUAAAAAAAUAGAUGAAUAUGAGGGUUAG